UAUAGCCCAAGAUCAUUAGGUCUCCCGCGUUUCAAUUCGUCACCUUUCUCUGGUUUUGGGAGGUCGUCUUCUUCUCCAACUGAAUAAAACUUUAAACCCUAGCCGACCACCAAUAACCCCUUAAACCCUACCUAUUUACCACUCUCACCAGUAAAGCCAGCUAUAAUGGGUGCAACGGCAGUGAAUAAGAAUACGGGCUCAAAGCGGCAGCAGAAGAAGAAGCAGGCUCUUCAAAAAAAGAAGCAAAAUAAGGAAUUUUUCAAUGCUAAAACCCAAAAGCAAAUGGACCUUUCUGACCAUUCUGACAGUUCAGAUGAAGAAGUAGAGGAAUAUGAAGAUGUUAAUGGAGUUCAGGAAGACUCUGGUUCAGCUUCUGACAUUUCAUCUGAAGGAGAUGACCCUUUGGCUCAUGACUUCCUCCAGGGAAGUGAGGAGUCUGAUGAUGAAGAUGAUAAAGGUGCUUCAACACAGGAUCCAACGUCGGAUUCUUGUUCAGAUUCUGAUUCAGAUGAAUCUGACAUUGAGGCGAAGUCUAAAGCUAUAGAUGAAGAAAAGAAAAAGGAAGAAGAAGAAGCAGUAGCUGAGAUGCAGCUCAACAUUAAAGACGAAUCAGAUGAAUUCAGAUUACCCACCAAGCAGGAACUUGAAGAAGAAUCACUUCGACCUCCUGAUCUUCCAAACAUGCAGAGGAGGAUAAAAGAGAUUGUUCGAGUGCUUUCAAAUUUUAAGGCUUUGAGGCAAGAGGGUGCAACAAGAAAGGAGUAUGUGGAGCAGCUUAAGAGAGAUUUAAGUUCAUAUUAUGGUUACAAUGAAUUUUUGAUUGGAGCUCUUGUAGAGAUGUUUCCAAUUGUUGAACUUAUGGAACUUAUAGAAGCUUUUGAAAAGCCUCGACCCAUUUGUCUCCGAACUAACACUUUAAAGACAAGGAGGCGGGAUUUGGCAGAUGUUCUAAUCAACAGAGGAGUUAACCUAGAUCCCUUAAGCAAGUGGUCAAAGGUUGGGCUAGUUGUGUAUGAUUCACAAGUUCCAAUUGGUGCCACUCCUGAAUACAUGGCUGGUUUCUACAUGCUCCAAAGUGCAAGCUCGUUUCUACCAGUUAUGGCCCUAGCACCUCAAGAAAAGGAACGGAUUAUUGAUAUGGCGGCUGCACCUGGUGGUAAAACAACUUACAUUGCUGCACUUAUGAAAAAUAGUGGAAUGAUUUUUGCAAAUGAGAUGAAGGUUCCAAGGCUUCACUCACUCACUGCCAAUCUGCAUCGAAUGGGGGUGACAAAUACAGUAGUUUGUAACUAUGAUGGAAAGGAGCUUCCUAAAGUGUUGGGUGUCAACUCAGUGGAUAGAGUAUUGUUAGAUGCUCCUUGCAGUGGGACAGGGGUUAUAUCAAAAGAUGAGUCUGUUAAAACUUCUAAAAGUUUAGAGGAAAUACAGAAGUGUGCCCAUCUGCAGAAGCAACUGAUACUUGCUGCAAUUGACAUGGUGGAUGCGAACUCAAAAUCUGGAGGAUUCAUUGUUUACUCCACUUGCUCCAUAAUGGUGGCUGAGAAUGAAGCAGUCAUUGACUAUGCACUCAAGAAGAGAGAUGUUAAACUUGUACCAUGUGGACUUGACUUUGGUCGUCCUGGGUUUAUCCGAUUUAGGGAACAACGAUUUCACCCAUCUUUAGAAAAGACAAGGCGAUUCUACCCUCAUGUUCACAAUAUGGAUGGCUUUUUUGUGGCAAAGUUGAAAAAAAUGAGCAAUGCAAAGCCUAAAGUGGAAUCUUCUACUCCGUCUGAAACAGUUGAGGAAGGACUUGAGCUGGGUGAAAAUGGCAGUGAAAAAGAUAGUCAAGAGAAUGUUAAACAGCAUCUGGUGGAACAUAGUAGAAAAGAAAAUAAGGUUUUAAAAAAAGAUAUCACUGACAAUGGUAAAAAAGAAUCCCCAUCCUCUGCCAUAAAGAAUAAGAAAAGGAAAUUCCCAUCAAGAGAAAGAAACGAUAUCACUGAAAAUGGCAAAAAAAGGUCCCCAUCUUCCGCCAUAAAGCGCAAGAAAAGGAAAUUCCCAUCAAGGGAGCAGAUCGAGAAGAUCUCAAGAGCAAGGGAAGAGAAGAGAAAGGCUUUAAGGGAAAAAAAGAAAGCAGCAAGACAAAAGAGUGGUGGAGGAGAAUAAGCAAUUGGCAACACACGCUGGGCUUAAACUUGGAAACAUGAUUUUAUGGUCACUAAUUUAUAAUUAUAUGUUUCAUAGUCCUUGUGUGGAAAGCAUAUCAACAAUGUCCCUGGGAAAAAUUGAGAGCUCACCAGAGAGUAAGGCAUGGUUCUUCUAGCUUAUCAAACAGAUUGAAGGAGGAGAGCUUAGAAUUGUUGCACAUCCUAAACCACCUCAUCUUUUCUUGAAAUGCCUCCUUACUUCUCUCCGAGUCCAAAAGUUUUGUUUUAAUUUGUGUUUAUUUUUUCCUUUGAAAAAAAAAAAAAAAAGAAAAGAAAAGAAAAGAAAAGAAGAAAAUCCUGUUAUUAUUUAUAUGAAGAUUUUGUGUUUUUGUUUAUCAUAAUAUUUUAUAGUCGACUUUAUGCAUUGCUUUUUUUCUUU